GGAAAAGACAUCUCAUAUUCACACAUACAAAAUAAAUUCUUCUAGACUUUUGACAUUUUCAUUAUCUUGUUCUUAUCGUUUUUAUCAUUACUUUUUUGAAUCUUGAAUCUUGUUUAUAAUAUAUAUUUUCAUCAAGAAUUCAACUCGGAUGCCCAUAAAUUUCCGUAUAACUAAAAUAUUUUAAUCAGGAGAUUCGUUCACUAGCUCACAUUUCAUUCGUCAUCUUCUUUACUCCUCUCUUCGACCUCCCUCUGUCCAUCCAUUUGUCGAGUUUCUGGGAAAAUCUUUGGAGCUUUCACCUCUUUUAGAUUAAGCAAACAAAAAGCUUUGGAGGUUUGAAGUUCGAGAUAUGAGAGAAGGAGCUUUAAUUGUAGCGGUAGCGAUCAAAGGGAACAAUAGCAAAACCAAAGGCGUUAUUAGAUGGGCACUUCAACAAUUCGCUUCUCAAGAACAUGUUGUCUUCAAGCUCUUACAUGUCCAGCCAAGAGAUUCGAUGUCGGUUUCAACCUCAAGAAAAGACUCGACCUCAGCGGUUUACAAGAAAGAUGUUGAUAGGAAAACCAGAGAAAUGCUUUUUCCAAGCAGUUCCAUGUUUGCUCAUAGAGAGGUUCAAUUGGAUAUGAUGGUACUCGAAUCAGACGAUGUAGCUGAUGCAAUCUCUAAAGCGGUUCAAGAUCAUGGAAUCAGUGAGUUAGUCAUUGGAGCUUCCUCUUCUAUCAUCUUCUCAUGGAAGCUGAAGAGAAGCAACAUAUCUUCAAGAAUCUCAGAUGUUACACCAAGAUUUUGCACAGUCCACGUUAUCUCUAAAGGAAAGCUUCUCAAUGUUCGAAAAUCCGAUGUAGAUAUUGAAACAACCAUUGCAGAUGAUAGGAGUGAAAGCCAGUUCUCUUCAAGUACCCAAUCAGGGUCAGUAAGUUCGACAUCGAGUCAUCAAUUCUCAUCUGCACCUUUACUCUAUCAAAGAGUCCAAGCGCUUUCAACCGUUAACCACAAGGUGGGGACAAAUAUGGGAACAAAGAACAGUAUUGAUACACACCAUAACAGAGCAGCGUCUCUAGAUGUGGAUGAACCAAACCAAAGGGGCUAUUACCGAACAAACAGCUCGUUGGUUAGGUAUAAAGAAAGUGAUAUCCAGAGUCGGAGAAGCUCUCAUACCGAGGAAGGAUCAAGCUCAAGUUGCUACAGUGACCCUACUUCAUCUAGUAGUCAGAUGAAUAAAGAGUAUGAGCUAGAGAAGCUGAAGAUUGAACUCCGUCACAUUAAAGGAAUGUAUGCAGUUGCUCAAAGCGAAGUCAUGGACGCUACUAUAAAGAUGCAAGAUUUGAACCAGCGUAGAUCAGAGGAAGCUACGAGGCUCAAGAACCUAACAAUAAGAGAAGAAGACGCUGAAGAAGCGGUGGAAAUAGAGAGGGAGAGACAAGAGGAGGCUGAAAACGAAGCUGAGCUCGUGAGAGAAUGCGUUGAGAAAGAAAUCGAAGAGAGACUUGAGGCCGAAGCAAGAGCCGAAGAUGUUAGAAAGGAGAAGCAGAGACUAGAGGAUGCACUUGAAGGUGGACCACUUCAACGCCAACAAUACAUGAAGUUUGAGUGGACAGAUAUCGUUGACGCCACGUCAUCUUUCUCCGAUGAACUUAAAAUCGGAUCGGGCGGGUAUGGAACCGUGUACCGGUGUAACUUGCAUCACACGACAGUAGCUGUCAAGGUUCUUCAUUCAGACAAAAGUAGCUUAACCAAACAGUUUCACCAAGAGCUUGAGAUUCUCAGCAAGAUUCGUCACCCACACUUACUUCUCCUAGUGGGCGCGUGUCCUGAACGCGGCAGCUUGGUUUACGAGUACAUGCACAACGGAAACCUAGAGGAAAGACUCAUGAAACGCAGACCAAACGCUAACGCACCGCAACCGCCUUUACAAUGGUUUGAGCGGUUUAGAAUCGCUUGGGAGAUAGCUUCAGCGCUCUACUUUCUCCACACAAACGAGCCUAGACCAAUCGUUCACCGCGAUCUUAAACCGGCUAACAUACUCCUAGACCGGAACAAUGUAAGCAAAAUAGGAGACGUGGGCCUAUCAAAGAUGGUUAACCUCGACCCUUCUCAUGCAUCAACGGUUUUCAACGAAACCGGUCCGGUUGGAACGUUCUUUUACAUUGAUCCAGAGUACCAACGAACCGGGGUAGUGACUCCAGAGUCUGAUAUCUACGCGUUUGGUAUCAUACUGCUUCAGCUAGCUACGGCUAGACCAGCGAUGGGUUUGGCUCAUUCGGUAGAGAAAGCGUUGAGAGAUCGAACCGGGAAUUUUGUAGAGAUGUUGGAUAAAAGUGCUGGUGAUUGGCCGGUUAAGGAAGCGAGGGAGAUGGUUAUGAUAGGGCUUAGAUGUGCUGAGAUGAGGAAGCGUGACCGUCCUUAUUUAGGGAAAGAGAUUCUACCGGUUCUUGAACGGUUAAAGGACGUUGCUUGUAAUGCAAGAAACAUGUUUUCUGAAACCCUAAUCAACCGUCACCACCACGCUCCGAGUCAUUUCUAUUGUCCAUUAACUAAGGAUGUGAUGGAGAAUCCAUGUGUUGCUUCUGAUGGAUAUACAUACGAGAAGAGAGCCAUUAAGGAGUGGCUUGAGAAGAAUUAUGAAUCUCCAAUGACGGAUUUGCCCUUCACCAACCAAACUCUUCUUCCUAAUCAUUCUCUUCUUUCUGCUAUCAAGGAGUGGAGAUCAUCACAUAUUAUUAAAUAGAAAAAAGGUUCAAAGUUACAAGGUUAAGCUCGUCAAUUAGCAUGCAUCAUUGUGUUUAUUUUUUCACACCAUCCUUGCGCACACAUAAACAACACGACUGCUCAAUAGAUAAAUGGUGCUCAUACAUAUUGAAAAUAUUGGAGUUUUUGUACGUAAAAACCAGUGAUUCAUUUGAGUGUGCAAUAGGUUUUCACUGCGCAUUUGCAGGAAGAGAUAAAUACAUGUGUUGGUUUUUGUUCUAUGAUAUUUUUUGUAUUGUACAUAUCUAUAUAUAUAUAUAUAUACAAAAUAAGUAUUUCG